AUGCUGCCAUUCAUCAAAACAUUAUCCCAUAGAAGCACUGCACGUGUUUCGUAGCGUACAAUAGUUUUAGCAUUGUGUUAAGCAGUGAUGACCAAAGUUUAGCUUUAGAAAAUGGGUUCCAGAAAUGUGAUGUCACGAUUGUUGGUGUUGUCGUCUGUCGGUUUCGGUGGAUAUCUGACUGGAACGUAUCUUGAACGAAGGAAGCUGAUUCGGACCGCUGAUUAUGUAAACACCGGCAAGGUGGAAGAAUCGUUCUGUCCCAAGCCUGGACUGCCUAUCUUUGGAACCGUGUCUGCAGCAACUCCCAUUCCUGCUGAAGCUCAAUCAUCGGCCCUAGUCAACGUAAGCCGUGUUGGUCAAAUAAUGAAAUAUGGAUUUCCCGGUUUGGAUAAUAUACGUUCGUAUGACGAUUAUGUGCUUUCGUACGAUAGAAGGACACGUGUUGCUCACUGGGUCUUUGAGCAUCUAACGCCAGCGACGGUAAAGCACAAUGAUGCAGUAGACCGAGCAAAAAGCGAUUUUAAACCGGACGAAAGCAUUCAUCCGUUCUUCCGCUCUUUAAACACAGACUACAAGGGAUCCGGAUUUGACCGGGGUCAUCUAGCAGCGGCAGGCAAUCAUCGAAUGGAGCAAAAGCAUUGCGAUCAAACGUUCUACUUAACGAACAUGGCUCCACAGGUCGGUGUAGGAUUCAACCGAGAUAAAUGGAACCAUCUGGAACGAUACGUAAGGAAGCUGACUAAACAGUACCCAAAUGUGUACUGCUGUACGGGACCAUUGUAUUUACCACGGCGGGAAGAUGACGGUAAACUGUACGUGAAGUAUCAGGUGAUCGGAUCAAACAACGUAGCUGUACCGACCCAUUUCUAUAAGGUGAUUGUCAUGGAAACGACCGACGGCCGGUUGGAGCUGGAGUCGUACGUACUGCCAAACCAAAAAAUAGACGAUGGAACACCACUGACCAUGUACCAGGUACCACCGGAGACGGUUGAACGUGCGGCCGGAUUGUUGUUCUUCGACAAGCUCGCUAGAAAUAAGCUUUCGAAGAUAAAUGGCAAGAAAGUGUAAAAAAGAAGAUAAUACGAAACAGUGUGCAAUUGUAAAUGUAUGAAAAAAUAAACAAAAAUCUAAACUUUUAAA